CUGCUUUAGAUUACAUGUUGAUUGAUUACAGAUGCGAAACGAAAAGAUCAGGCUUAAGAAAUCUUCAUUCCCAUCUGAUAACAUUAUAGGACUAAUUACCAAGCUACAUUCAUUUAUUCAUCAUCCAUAGAGAGUGGUUUCCACCAAACUUGAAAUGUGAUAUUUUUCCCCUUGACUACAAAAAUUCUUUUAAUUAUUUCAAGAUUUAACGCUUAGUGUCUGAAAGUGGAUACUCAACAAAGAGCAGUAAUGACAGCCUCUAUUUCUCCAUUUCAAAGCUUUACAACACAAAACAAAACUGAAACUGAUCUUGAACUCUCUUUUACCGUAAUUCCUGUUUCGCAAGAACUAGCAGGUGUCAUGUACUUUGCUGCCUUUUGCAUUAUCGUUUUAAGCAUCGUUGGCAUCUGUGGGAACUUGCUGACUAUUGUUGCUUUAGUAAGGUGUCCACGUGUCCAAAGUGCCACAGCCGUCUUCAUUGUUGGCCUGAGUGUUUCUGAUUUCAUCUACUGUAUUUGGAAUCUUCCCUUUGGUACCCCAGAGUACAUUCAUCACAGAUGGGUUUUCAGUAACACCUUGUGUAUAUUAUUCCCUUUCGUGCAGUAUUUUAACGGGGGAUCGUCUCUAUUGUUAAUUAGCGCGAUUACAAUAAAUCGGUACAUUCUAAUUGUUCAUCCCAGUGUUUAUAAAAAGGUUUACCGUAAGCGUUACAUAAUCGCUAUGAUAAUUACAAUAUUGUUGUUUGUACUUGUUCUUUUGCUACCUACGUUAGUUGGCGCUUGGGGACGCUUUGGUUAUGAUGAGAAAACCAGGGAAUGUGAUAUGAUAGAGGUCAAUGGACGGUCAUCAAAAUAUUUUUUAUUCACUUUUGGUUUUUCGUUACCAUCGGUAAUAAUUGUAUUUUGCUACACCCGGAUCCUCUGUGUGAUGAAGAGAAGCUCGAAGCGUCUCCAGAAAUACAACAAUGUACAGCGAAACGACCAAGAUGCCAAGAAACGACUGGAAGAAUGGCGCCUCACAAGAAUGAUCCUCAUCAUCUUCUGCUCUUUUGUUUUUUGUUUUCUUCCCCAGACAGUUAUUAAGAUCAGAAAAGCCUAUGUACUUACAGCGAAAUUACAAAUCAACCUGGCCAUCGGUAUGGUUAAUGACAAUCAUAAAAGCCAAAUGUCGGUCGGUCAGUCAGUCGGUUACACUCGAUUUUUCCGAAUUCCGUGA